AUAUAAUUAAAAGAAGUUUGGAUGGGUACUAAACUUGAAGGAUAAAUUUUGAUUAACAUUUUUUUUCAUUUCAAGAACCUUCCCUUUGCCUACUCCUCCUUUCACCCUGCGAACAAGUUUGCUAAAAGAAACAUUUUUCCGUACCCCCUUAUCCUCCUCUUUCUUUAUACGUACAAAGAGAGUGGAAAUACCUGCCCCCAACUCAAUUUUCAUCGGAAAAUCCUUAUAGCUCAUCGAUUUGUGAGUUAUGGCUUCCGGAUCGUCGAAUCGGGCUAACAAUUCGGGAUCUAAAGGGUUUGAUUUUGCAUCGGAUGAUAUUCUUUGCUCGUACGACGACUUUAGUAAUCAGGAUAAAGCUAAUGAAAACCACUCCGAUCCUGUGGUUGGUUCCAUCUCCACGAAGGAGUUCCAGAAAAACCGAAUGACUAGAUCGUCAAUUUUUCCUACUCCUGCUUAUAGUCCACCUGAAGAAUCUCAUAUGGAUCAAGAUGUUUCUGCCAUUGUUGAGAAGACUAUGAAAAAGUAUGCUGACAACCUGAUGCGUUUUCUUGAAGGAAUUAGUUCAAGGCUGUCUCAGUUGGAAUUAUAUUGUUACAAUCUUGAUAAAUCGAUCGGGGAAAUGCGUUCUGAACUUGUGAGCAGUAAUGUUGAAGCAAACUCCAAGCUCAAGUCUAUUGAGAAGAAUCUCCAAGAGGUGCACAGGUCAGUUCAGAUCCUUAGAGAUAAACAAGAACUUGUGGAAGCUCAGAAGGAACUUGCCAAGCUUCAGCUUGCACAGCAGAAAGAAUCUUCUCAAGAGAAUGAAGAGAGAACCAAACAACAACCCCAUGUUUCUUCUGAUACCAUCAAUAGGGGUGAUAGUAAUCCUUCUGAAGCUCAUGAGAAACAACUUGCACUAGCACUGCCACCCCAGCAGCAGCAGCAACAACAACCUGUCCAGCCUCCCCCGCCCCCAAUUCCCUCUCAAGGGUACUAUAUGCCUCAACCUCCUCCAAAUCAAUUCUUGCCUCAUCAAAAUCAAUACCUUCCAUCUGACUCUCAGCAGUACACUAGGCCACCACCACCACCACCACCACAAACCCUUCAAUCUCAGGUGGUGCCCUCAUACCAGCAGCAGUGGGUCCCGCAGCCACCCCCUAUGCAGCAGCAGCAGCAGCAGCAGCCGGCUAGACCACCAUCAUCACAGCCCAUUUAUCCCAGUUAUCAAUCGAGCCCUACUGCGCAAGAGAUUCCUAGUACUUUUUCUGUUGCUAGCCGCCCCGAGGGGGGAGUGCCCUAUGGGUAUGGCAGGCCAGCUCAGCAGCAGGCCCCAUCUCAGCAUAUGAGGCCUGCAUUUGGUGGAACUGGGGACAGUUACGUAGUAAGCGGGCCCCACACCUCACUUGGUCAGGGAAGUGGAUAUGCAAUGUAUGAUGGGGGAGUCCCACAUGGCGGUUAUCCUCAGCAGCCUGCUGGCACCUCCAAUGUGAUGGCUCGUCCAGUAGCACCGCCACCACAGCUGAUGCGCAACCAUCCCUACAAUGAACUGGUUGAGAAAAUGGUGGGUAUGGGUUACCGGGGCGAUCAUGUAGUUUCUGCAAUCCAAAGAUUGGAGGAGAGCGGUCAGGCUGUUGAUUUCAAUGCCAUACUGGACAGGCUGAAUGGACACUCUUCUGGGGGUUCACAGAGGAGUUGGUAAAUCAGGAGCCGAACACGGUCUAAUUAUUACGCGACUCCGUAUCAUCAUAAUGGGUUUUUUAUAUAUCACUUGAAACAUACAAUGAAUAAAAAGCGUAGUAUGAAAUACGAAUAGCAGCUUGGAAAUGUGGUACAUACGGAGAGAAUCAAGAGAUGCACUUUUAUUACUUCAUCGUCAUCUCUUCACCCUUGUAGCUUCCUUACAUUGUUUAAACACUGUUUCUUGUAUGAGUAUUAUGUAUGACUCUGUGUUUAAUUAAUCCAUUUUCAUUCGUGAGAUGCCAACCUAUUCCAAUCGAUCCUAUUACCAUGAGCUUGGAAUGAAUCAGGAAUGAAGUA